GUGAAGUAAGGUUCCUGAUCUCUAAAAAUGUAAAACGUUUGAGCAGAAAGCCUUCAGAGGUCAGGACCUGAGUCCUGCUCUGAUAGCGAGAUGAGCAGAAGUGACAUUUCACAUUACAUGCAGAGGGAACAUGGAUCUCACAGCACUGAUUAUAUUUCUGUCUGUCUGCAGCUCAGGACUCUGGGCUGAACACAUAGCAGUGGUGUCUGACUUCAGACUGGUGGAUGGAACCAGCAGCUGUAAUGGAAAACUAGAAAUGAAGCGUCAGGAUGUCUGGAGAGAGGUGCUGGAUUGGAGACUUAACUGGACCCUGACCUCAGCAGCUGAAGUGUGCAGACAGCUGAACUGUGGAUCUGUGGUGUCCUUACGAAGAAAUAAUUUUUAUUUUGUGUUCAUCGCCUGUUCAGACUCAGUUAGACUGGUGAAUGGGACUGGUCUCUGUUCAGGCAGACUGGAGGUCAACUUUAACCAGUCCUGGACCUCAGUGAGUGAAGGUGGUUUUGACCAGCAGAGUGCAGAGGUGGUCUGCAGGGAGCUGGACUGUGGGCCUCCUUCAGUCCUCCAGGGGGUGCUCUAUGGAGAUCCAGACGCUCCAACAUGGAGUGAAGAGUUCCAGUGUGAAGGCACUGAGUCUGUUCUUUGGGACUGUGGUAGAUCUGUUAGAAAAUAUUCUGGUAAAGCUGUUGGACUCAGCUGUUCAGAACCUGUUGACUCCAUCAGGUUGGUUGGAGGAGGCAGUCGGUGUAACGGCAGACUGGAGAUUAAUCACGGAGCUGAAUGGAAAGGAGUGUCAGAUGAUGCUCGUACCCAUAGUUUUGCAGGUGAAGUGUGCAAACAGCUGGACUGCGGCUCUCCUGUUUCACUCAGAUACAAAGAUUUAAUGUCAGUAAAAGAAGUCUGGGAACUGAAUGCAGACUGUGGUGGAUCUCCUCUGACAAAAUGUGUGACAGGGAUCACAUUUUCCACUGACUCCACAGAAGUAACCUGCUCAGACUCAGUCAGGCUGGUGAAUGGGACUGGUCUCUGUUCAGGCAGACUGGAGAUCAAUUUUAACCAGUCCUGGUUCUCAGUGAGUGAAGAUGGUUUUGACCAGCAGCGUGCAGAGGUGGUCUGCAGGGAGCUGGACUGUGGGCCUCCUUCAGUCCUUCAUGGGGUGCUCUAUGGAGAACCAGAAGCUCCAACCUGGACCAAAGCGUUCCAGUGUAAAGGCACAGAGACUGCUCUUUGGGACUGUGGUGGUUCUAUCAGAACCUAUUCUGGUAAAGCUGUUGGACUCCGCUGUUCAGAUGCCAUCAGGUUGGUGGGAGGGGCCAGCCGCUGUGCUGGGACACUGGAGAUGAUUCACCAGAAACAGUGGAGACCAGUGGUUGAUUGGAACAAUCAAUGGAACAAAACCACAGCUGCUGCAGUUUGUGCUCAGCUGGGUUGCGGUUCUGUUGUCUCAACAACAACAUUGAGGGAUUCUUCAUAUAGACCUGUAUGGUGGAUCAAGUCUUCCUGUCUGCAACCAAAAUCUGCACUAAGACAUUGCUUAUAUGAUUUUCGUUUUAAUAGUAACAAAAACCUUGAGCUGAUCUGCUCAGGUAAAACCAAACACUAACAUGUUUAGGAACUUUGUAAAUGUUCCUCCCUCAGGUUUCAAAUGUUUAGACGUUGUUUAAAGCAAAACUUGUUAACUUUUUAGAACAGGGGUGUCAAACACAUUUUCACAGAGGGCCACAUGGGUGUUAAGAUGGUCCUCAAAGGACCAGUUGUAAUUCACUGACAUUUCAUGUUUAACUUUGACUAAAUUGUGUGUGUGUGUAGGAACAGCUAAGAUAAGAUAUGCCCCUGGUACAGGACCUGAGCUUGAUUUAAAGAGCCACCCUUUCAGCUAAAUGAUGCAUCUGAUGCUUCUUUGCUCACACAUCAUGGUGAUUGUAUUAGUUCAAUGUUUUAUUUUAUUUUAUUUUUAUUUGAUGUUAAUCUUGCUGUUUUUGUGUGUUGCUGUAAAAACUUUGUACUGAAGUAUUAACUGCUGACCUACUGGCUUUAUUCACAUGUUGUUGUUUUUUUGUAAGAGAUUUAAAAUCAAAGUUUGAUAUUCUGUUUAAAUGAAGAUUAAAAUCUAAACUUUCUGG